GCCAAUGAAAGCAGAUAUGGGUGAUGGUGGCAGUUGGUCUGGAAGGGCCUGCAGCCGGAAAUUGGUGAGCGCUUGACAAGGAGUUGACUCGAUGAAUGACCUGAGCAGGCUCGGAGGCGUCGACCCGUGUAGCCUGCACCUGAUCAUGAGCUUCCUGGCCCAUACGGGCUGCCCAGAGUUAAGGACCUCGGCAGAUCGCCGGCGUCGGUCCGGGCCGUCCAAAUCGCGCUUAGUCGCGGCAUUCCCGCUCCGGAUGUAAGAUUACGAAAUUUC